AUGCGUAUUUUCCACAAAUUCUUGCUUUUUAAUAAUUUUGCUCCUCACAAACUUCGAUUUCAUUCAAUUGCUCGACCUGCUUUCUUUAAAUAUUAUCAACAACAACAACAACAGAGUAGUCAAUGGAAAUUUUCAAACAUUUUUCUGGGAUUUGGUGGAACUGGUUUGCUUUCUAUUUCUUGGUUUACUUCAUCAAAGAAGGAUAAUGAUGAAAUUAAUGACGCAAAUGUUGACAAAAUAAUUAGAGAUGCUGAUAUACUUUAUAAUGCUUAUUUGAUUGAUAAUGCUUAUGGAAUAUUGAGACGUUAUCGUUCUUCGGAAAAUUCAGAAUUGUUAUGGCGCCUCGCUAGAGUUAUUUGUGAACAAGGCAAACAAUCCAAAAAUGUCGAGGAGAAGAAUCGUUUGUUUCGCGAAGCUUUUGAAAUUAUCGAAAAGGCGCUAAAAUGUGAACCAGCUAAAGGAUCUUUUGGUACUCAUAAAUGGUAUGCAAUUCUGCUCAAUAUUGUUUCUGAACUUGAUGGUGACAAAGCACAAUUGUCCAAAGCGGUAGAAGUUCGCAAUCAUUUUGAAAGAGCCUUGGAACUCGACCCAUUGGACGCGACUACUUGGCAUUCACUUGGUGUUUGGCAUUAUUCUUUUGCCAAUCUUUCAACAAGUCAACGCUUUCUCGCUGGAAUUUUUUAUUCAAGACCUCCAAAUAGUACUUAUCCUGGUUUUUACUCUGCCAAUAAUUACUAUAUGGGAUUGACAUUAGAACAAAUGAAUAGACAUGAUGAGGCUAAAGUCCAAUUUAUUUUGGCUUUUAUAGCUCCAGUGAUUUCAAUGGAUGAUGGAGAAAUACAUAAAAAGGCAUUUGACCAUUUACAUAAGAAAUAUAGACUUACAAGAGAACAAAUUAUGGAAGAACAUGGAAAGAAUUCUAAAACUUUCAAUAAGUGA